AGCCAACGCUGUGGCUCAAGAAGUUGGAGAGCCGACGGUCCCCAGCGCUGAUGCGAACGCCCACGGCUUGCCCCUAGAGCCUGGAUGGGCAAAGACCUGGAGAGCUGAGCUUCAAGAUAGUUGCCGCCAGCCGAUUCGCUCGAACGUCAAUGCAGACGAGCCUGGAGUCGGCGAUCUCGGCGCAGACGGCGGUGAGGCGGCCUAGGAAGGCGCCGCCUACAUCGCCAAGCAUGGGCCGCUUUUCGGCCAUGCGAAUGCACUGCGGGCUGGGCAAGCGGCCGCAGCAGGGCACGCAUGUCCGCCGCCGCGAGAGGGCCUGGAGUCUCGCCAAGCCGCAGCGCGCUGCGCCAGCCAAGCAGUUGCCGAGGUUGGCGACGGUGACCGAGCCGACCCUCGAGGCGCACAGGAUGGAGCUCACGCAGCUCGAGCAGCGGGCGCCGGGGGAGGGCCGCCUGCUGGGCGCGAAGACCGUGGACUGGCUGAUGCGCGGGAGCUUCGCCGAGAAGUGCCUGGCUGGAUGGGGCCCUGCUCUGGAACGCCACUUAAGAAGCGCUUGGGCUUGGCUGAAGACACGGAGCUACGUGGUGGUGGCGCAGCACGACGGGCACUACGACGUGGUGGCGCAGCACGACGGGUACUGGAGGCCCUCGGAGGCGCCCAACCUGGUCAAGGUCAGCAUCGUGCCGCCGCAGCCAUGCACCAACCAGCUCUACUCAGGCGAGUGGAGCUUCGUGAUGGGCGACCCGGAGCUGGAGAUGACCACGAAGACCGGCCUCAAGGACGCGGGGAUCGGGAUCAGCGAAGCGGACCGCCGCCUGCUGGGGGGCCUCCUGAGGCGGCGGUACGAUCGAGGCCACCCCCCGCACGGUCAUAUAUUUCGCGUCUCUUUGCCACAGUGCGACGGGCUUUCAAGCAGGGCUUCCAGGAGUUCGGUCUCGACGGGUUCAAGGGGUGCCGGACUGAGGUGGCCCACGGCAAACCUUGGAAAGUUGUUUAAGAUGAGUGGAGCCCAGAGAGCGCUGGCACCCAGUCGAGGGCACAGAUGUCCAAGCUGGCUUAGGCAAGGUCACACUUAUGGUGACAAAGUGUGGUGAUUUUCGAGCUGUUGCUUCGAUGUACAUAACAGCGAGUUGUAACGCUGCUGCGUCACCCGCCUCGCGAUGCCAUCGAACGCUUCUCGAGCAGGAGCGUGUGAAAGAGGCAGGGGUUCGAGCAGAUAGCAAUCGAAGUCUGGUGCUGGAUAGGAGGGAGGAGCGAUGUUUCUAGCUUGCUGUGGAAUCGCUCACAAGUGACGUUGAGGCACCGUCGUCUGCACUGUUGGGCUCCCGCGUACCUGCCCUUGCUGGCGCACUCCCAUCUAUGCUUGACAUGUCUCAUUUUCCUCGCCAUCCACUUGCUCUGUGUUUACAGCGGUUCAGUCUCAGACUGUAAGUAUCGAGCCGUUGCUUCGAUGUACAGCACAGCGAAUUGUAACGCUGCUGCGUGACCCGCCUCGCCAUGCCGUCGAACGCUUCUUGAGCAGGAGCG